CUUUCAGGUGCAUAAUCCUAUUGCGUUUAUCCUUCUUUCGCGAUUGCGUGGCGUCAACUGCCGAAAGACGAAGAAUAACGCCCCGUCCAUCGGUUUACAUAAUAGCUAGCCUACACCCUGGUCCGGGCUUUGACCCGGGACCAGCUGCUUACAAGAUAUACAACCGUAGCUUUCUUGUUCUAUAGAUAUGGGGGAGCACUUGAAAGGGAGAAUUGAAUGCAGCCUGCCAGGCUUGCGCGGCAUUGUGGCUGACGAUAAGGACCAGGAGCAUGCUCUUGUAACACGGGAAGGGCCGACAAAGGGCGAUGCUGAAAUCGAUCAGCUUUACGCUGAAGCAGAGGAUAAACGCCUUUCAAAAACCUCGCUGCUGUUGGACGUCCUCAACAUAAGCAAUGUUCUCACUGACGGUGUUUCUGCCAUGGUUGAUGACUCAUUUAAUAAGUGCUUUACCAGCACGCGGCCAGAGCCGUGGAACUGGAACCUUUACCUUUUCCCCAUCUGGGUCGUGGGCGUGGUGAUCAGGUAUCUGGUGUUGUUCCCCAUUCGCUUUGUGCUGCUUUUCAUCGGCUUCAACUCCCUGAUCGGAAUGUUUCUGCUGGUGGAUCUCAUCGCAAUGCCCGGCAAGCGGAAAAUGGCACUGCAGCGGAAACUUGUGCAGUGGAUGUGCUGCGCGUGGGUGGCGGCUUGGCAUGGCGUGAUCCGGUACCAUGGCCCGAAACCCACCCCAGGCAAAAACCGCAUAUGGGUGUCCAACCAUACCUCCAUGAUCGACUACGUGGUGUUGUGCAGCUACAGCCCCUUCGCCGUCAUCAUGCAGCUGCACCACGGCUGGAUUGCUUUCCUGCAAAAACGCAUUCUGUCAUCGUUGGGCUGUUUGUGGUUCAACAGGACGGAGGUAAAUGACCGCGCGGUGGUGGCUGCACGCAUGAAGGAUCACGUCAACAAGGAAGACGCCAUCCCUCUGCUCAUCUUCCCGGAGGGCACUUGCGUAAACAACGAAUACACGGUCAUGUUUAAGCGCGGCGCGUUUGAUAUCGGGGCCACGGUGUGCCCGAUCGCAAUCAAGUACAACAAAAUUUUUGUGGACGCCUUUUGGAACAGCCGCCGCGAGGCUUUCGGCAAGCACCUUUUUCGCCUCAUGACCAGUUGGGCACUCGUGUGUGAUGUUUACUUUCUGGAGCCGCAGAGCAUACAGCCCGACGAGACGCCGCAGGAGUUUGCAGGCCGUGUGCAGGCCAUGAUUGCCAAGUAUGCGAACCUGCGCAUCGUGCCCUGGGACGGCUACCUAAAGUACUACAACCUAGGCGAGAAGAACCCCGGCCUCAUCGAGAAGCGCCGCCGUGUCCUGGCGGAUGUCCUGAGGGCCUACCUUGGCAAACCAACGGCGGCGGAGCAGCUGCAGGGCGACGGGAAGGGGCUGAAGGGUGUAGGCGAGGGCGAGAUGCAGCAAGGGUGGCGGAAGCUAUGCGCUGGCGGCGCUGUGCACCCUGUCUAGGAGCUCCCUCUGCGGACUUGUGGGUGGGAGGCGUGUUUGGCUGGAUGCGGCGCUGCUGACGCAACGGGAUUUGGUGAUGAACACGGAGAGUUGAUGCAUCGGACAUCACGAAACGCAGUUGCGAGGGGUAAAAUAGGGUGAGGGUCCGUUGGCAAUGGUGGUGUAGAUGAUGAUUAGUUUUCGGGGAGCGCCGCGACAUCAGUUGUACUGCGCAUUAGUGCGGUUGGUUCAGAGCGGCUUGCCAAAGCGUGAGCUUUUUGCUGGCAGCUGUUAUGAUUGCUGCAUUCAUUGCGCCGAGGUACCGUAAGCUGGAUGAGCUGAGGAUAGGACUUCCUGCUGCGGUGAUGUUCCUUUGUUUGAGCAGGUGAGCUUCUGUUACAUCUUGCAAGUAGGAAUCAGAUAUUCAGCGACUCUUGGGGAUCGAUUGACCUCGUGCAUUUGACAGAGCACUAAAGAAUUGAAUUUUCCUUUCGUGCUCACGUGGAUACGGACAUCCAGACGGGUUGGAUGGUAUGACCGCAUCUCAUAUGUCUGCAAGAAGGAGAAAGGAUAAAACUUCAUGGAAGGGCACUGGCCCGUACCGGCCACCUCCGUCUACCCCGUCUCUUCCUUCCAGAACCAUCCUCUUUGGCCAUUGCCUGAUGUCUUUUGCACCAGACACAUUUGGGUUCCAAACGGCCUAAGACAUCAUUAUUAUCUAUCUGACGGGUUCAAGAUUCGCGCGCAAAACAAUCCAGGUUGCAAAUUGUACCAUAUUGCCCCAUCUCUACAUGACGCUGUUCCCCUGCGUUCCCAGGACUCGCGCACUGCAAAACACCCUCUUCGCACUAAUUGUUGUCGUUAUCUCUCGCAUAGAUUUGUCAGCUAGGUUUGUCCACAAUACCAACAGAACCUCGUCAUAGUCCAGCUCACAAGACCAAAAAAAACUGAAAGCACGCCACCGAUUUGGAUACCACCAGCAUAUUUAGCGCUUCGCCCGCCAGCAAAGACGUCGUACCCAAAGUGUGUUGAGUUCAAGACGUGUGUUUUAUUGUUUAAGGCAAAAGAGUACACGGCAUCACGCGACCUGCUAACAGCAACUUUGCAAUUAUGUAUGUCAUAUGCGCCCUUGCAUAGUAAAAAACACACAUACUUAAAUCCC